AUGAGCCUCCCGGAGCUGGACGGCGAGGACUGCCCGGACUCGGACCCCGGCGCGGGCUGCGCCCUGGAGGAAGAGGUCCGGACGCUGUUCGUCAGUGGCCUCCCUGCGGAUGUCAGGCCCAGGGAACUCUACCUCCUCUUCAGGCCCUUCCAGGGCUACGAAGGCUUCCUCAUCAGGUUCAUCUCCAGACAGCCUAUCGGUUUUGUGGUCUUCGACAGCCGGGUGAGAGCCGAAGUGGCCAAGAAUGCCUUGAAUGGCAUCUGCUUUGAUCCCGAGAACCCACAGACCCUGAAGCUAGAGUUUGCCAAAGCCAAUACCAAGAUGGCCAAGAGUAAGCUGAAGGGCACACCAAACCCUAGCAGCACCCACCCUGCCCUCGGUGCACACGGCACCACCCGCGACCCCUAUGACCUGAUAGGGGCUACCCUGAUCUCCACGUCCCCCUACGCCUGGACCCCCUAUCACCUGUACACCACAGAGCUGGCCCCCGCCAUCUCCCACACCUCAUUACCCUACCCAGCGGGCACUGCCGCCACCACUGCCGCUGCCCUGCACACACAGGCACGCUGGUGCCCGACCUCUGACAGCGCCCAGCAAGGCUGGAAGUUUCACCAGUUCUGCUAG